AUGCAGGGAAGCUUGCGAGGCGGGCCUCGGCCGCAGUCAGGGGCAAACAAUGGCGCCAAGGCGAAAGCCUUUGUCAAGCAGUGCACUAUGGCGUCUGCCAAGUCCACGGCUGACAGGAGACGGCAAGCAAACUUUCUCGCAGCCGAGGAGGAACUCCUCAACCGACCGCCUGCCGACCGGCCUUUAAUCCAGGUGAACCUAGUGAUUCCUGGGAAGCACAUGCUCCCCCGCAACCUCGAUGAUCCUGCAGCUUUAAACGCUAUCCGCAGGACGCAUAGGGUCUGGAUUACCAGGCCUCAGCCCAAUAUCCUGGUUAUCCAUAGCGACGACACACAGCGGUUGCAGUGCGCAUUGAAGGAUCUUAACUGGACGAUCCAUGAUAUGCGUCGUUCGGAUGAGAUAGCCGUCACGCGCUUCGUGACCCAACAGCCUGCAAAUAUGACUGAGGACGUUCUCGUCAAGGUUGAGCUGAACGCACGUCCCUAUAUGGCAGGCAACAGCCGCACACCUGAUUCGGGUGAAACCCUCCCCGUCGCGUUAGGCCUGUUCCAUGAACUAGCUGGCAGAGUCACAUCAUCGGCAGAAUCACUGAGAAGACUGACAGUGGACCUAAAGAUGCGUGUCAAUUUCGGUAGCCUGCAAGUGCGCCGGAGGAAAAGGACUCUCGGGAAUGAGAUGACGUAUGCCGACUUUGCACACAUGGUGUCCCAGUAUGCCAUCCGUGGAGGAGCCCAUCUCGACAAAAGACUACCAGACGUCCAACGUGCCAACAAAGUCAUACAGCAUAUCGUCAAUCCCGCCGCUGGGCUCUAUUAUCCCGACAUGGGGGUUGUCCGAAGUCGGUGCACUGUUCUGUUGAAAAUUCAGGAUCAUGAUCUGGUGUCGGAAGCUGAAGUCCCGUUCACGGAGAACGUGGGGUUGUCUACGCCAAUGCUGGCGAGACCGGAGCCGUGGCCUAGACUGAAUUGGACAGUGGCAGCCCCUGAUAUGAAACUUGAUUGGAAUUUUGAGGUCGGUUCAUUUCAUACAAUGGAGGCCGUCCCACACGAACUCCGAAGUCUGACCGAACAUCUCGUUUUGGUCCCAAGCGACGCUGGAUCGAACCAGACCGCAUCACUCAGUAUACCCAAGCUUGUGGCCAGAGGGCCUGGCAGUAAUCAAGUCAAGGAGACCAUGCUGAAGGUUUCAAUUUUGGUGCCCUUCCAGGAUACACCGUACAUUGUCGAGAUCAGUACCACUCAAGCGUGGGCCGGCAUGAAAACCAGCACAGAACCAAGGACUUGGUGGGGAAUGGAAUUUUAUGGCCGAAACUGGGACGAAUCUAUCAACUAUAUGAGCCCAGGAAAUCGGAAGAAGGAUUGGGGUUCAGGACUGCAGACAAUUUGGCCAGGAGACGCUCCAGGAUUGGAGCCGAGAUUCAUGAGCUUCUUGGAGCACAUUCUCCAAGUCCAAUCAGCGGUGGGAAAGGUGGACUUUGGCCAGUCCACAACCGAAACGUCAACAUAG